GUGAGAGCAGCGAGAGCAAAGGCGCCACCCUCUCCCGUGAACUUCGUAGGAUCUCCCCGUCUGAUCUCGCGCGAACUCAAGGAAAGGGAGGAGAGAGGGAGUGGUGCACGUGUGAGGCAAGGCUGGUGGAGGAGGAGGAGAGGGAAAAUAUAUCCAUCCAUCCCUCCAAGAAAGAAAGAUAAAAGUUCGUGGGAAGACUCAAAGUGUUCUUUUUUAAGAUUUUAGUACGAAACCGUAGCAGGACAACAGGCUAUUUAGUGAAGUGUGUCAGUCCUUUCCAGUCAGGAUGUGAGUUGUGAGGGGCGAGGGCACGCCGGCCUGCUGGUGGAUCUGCCAGUAGUAGUGCUACAGAACGUGGCCUCGCAAGAUAUACAAAGGUCGUUUGGUGAAGAGGCAGCAGUCUCCUUUAGGAACGACCUGGUGUCGUGUGUCAUGUAAAACAAGGCAACCGGUUACUGAGAAUGAACGACUCUGUAGGUGUGGAAGGCGAUGGGGAAUCGGUGCCCCUGGGCUGGAUCAUGGCGGCGCAGGUGUGGGCAUGGACAGUGUCGUGCGUAGGUGGUGUGGGUAACUUCGUUACCAUCUGCGCCAUCUCCUACCAAUUGUACCUGGGGCGAGUGUGGAGGCGGCGGUACGGUCCCGUGGGGCGGCCAGUGGUGACAUUGGAGGGUGACACCAUCCUGCUGUUACACCUCAGUAUCUGUGACUUUCUGUAUUGUGUCGUGAACCUGCCGGUGACCGCGAUCACUUACAACUACUCGCUGGGCCACACUCCUCACCAGCCCUCCAAGUUGUUCUGCACAGGCGCUGCACUCUUCCGCUACGUCAACGCCCUGGCGGAGUGGACUACACUGGGACUGCUGACGGUAGAGCGCUGCGUUGACCUGGGCCGCUCCAGAGGUGCCAGGUUCUUCAGGCCACGUCCUACCUUGCUCUUCAUCGCCGGCAUCUGGGUGGGUAGCGUGUUGCUGCAGCUCGCUGCCCUCACACAGGAGUUCGAGUACGACACCGUCAGCCACAAAUGUGACAUGGUGUCACACGAAUGGAGGAUCUACUUCUUCUCACUGGAGUCGGUGCUGCCUUGCGGACUGGUGCUCACAGGCUGCUGCAGCAUCAUCUACCAGAUAUGGAGUAACACACGCAGGCUGCACAAUUCCGGCAUGUCGCCGGAGAUGGUCGAACGACGCCUCAGGAUGAUGGUAAAGUCCACGGCUCUGCUGUUGAUGCUGCUAUUCCUGUUCAUGGCAUGCGUUCUUCCCAUUUGUGUUUACAGCGUCUGCUCGCUGCUCAGCUCAGACCGAAACAUCACUCUCGGUGUCGUCAUCUUCAUGGUCUACUGGAUCCAAUACGGCGUCAACUUCUUUCUAUACGCCAUCAUCAAUGUCAACUACAGGAUCGCCUACAAGCAGUUCAUGGAGUUGUUGGUGAACAAGGUCCUGUGCAUCAUGAGAACAGGUUACUGCAGGCCAGAACAUGGAUUGCAGAGGAGUAAGGACGACAUGGACCAUCAUCCUCCUUCCCCUUCCACAUUGGCAGUUCUCCCUCUGAGCAGCAGGACCACGUCUCUCGCAUUGGUAUCCCUCGAAACAAGCACUUACAAAGAGGGCAACCAAGAGUCGUUUUUCCCCAUUCCCACGGAGCACAACAACUGCCCCUACCCUCUGCCCUGCCUUCUCCGCCUCAAGGCAUUCCACUCCAUGCCCCCCCGGACGCGCUGACAUGGACUACCGGGCUUUCUUCGUGCAUUCGUGGCCUGCGUGGCGACGUGAAAGUCAGUCCUCCGGUAGUUCAGUGAUAACGUUUGAUUCUACCGUCCAGCAUGACUCUGAUAUCUCCACCACCAUCAUCAGCACCACCACAACCACCACCAACACCACUCUAACUUCUAUCACCACAUCCACCAAAUCCACCACACAAGACACUAACGCCUCCAAUGUCCCCCUUUUUCAUCACCACCACCACCACCACCACCACUUCCUCUACCACUUCCAUCACCAACGCCAAAAUCUCAUCCACCAUCAUAACUCCCACAUUCACUACCUCCACCCCUUUAACGACCACCAUUAUUACCACCAAACUCCCCACCACUAUCACCACAUUCAAGACGGACAAGGCGUGUGGUGAUUUUGCCACAACGGCUCUGUAGCAUCUUGGUCCACACAUCUGAUACCUUGAUUUUUCUUUAACACCACAGACACCACCUCCACCACACCCUCACUACCAACACCACACCUGCCCUUACGUGUCAUAAUCUUACUUAGCCUUCCCUUCUCCUCCUCCUCCACACACACACACACACACACACACACACACACACACACACACACUAGAAAAGGAUCUCAUUGUGCUGGAAGACUAUAAUGUUUCCCUCAAAGAAUAGUACAACGCAGCUCCAUCCAUCGUGUUUCCCUGGAGUGACUGAUCUCAUCAAAGCAACUGAGCGACUAAGACACAAACACACACAUGAACUUCUACAGACUAUUACACUAUUACUCAAAGAACUGAAGGUGGCUAGAGAAGAAUUACCAUCCACAACAGCAAGACAGCAACAUCAGUCUGUGGUAUCUGUUUGGUGAGUUGACAGGCAUUAUAAGAAAAAAAAAAAAAAAGCAACCAUUCUUUUUUCUCUUUGCCACAAACGUAAUCCUUUAAAAAGCUGAAGGUUAAGUACUCAUCAGAUGCUCAUCCUCCGCUGUCGAAUUACUUUCUCAGACCACCUUUCAACUCCUGCCCUUAGCGACACCUCUCAGGAGUCUAACCUUACCGUGACGCCCUUAUACGCUCAACCACAUCCAGUUUACCCUCACUUUAUCCACACCCUCUCAGUAAGCAUUUACAGUGAGUUUUCCAGUGAACUUGCCAAGGCCUUCUUAUCUAUCAUAAAUGCCAAUCCUUCUCCAGUAAAACAUCUCUCAUAUUGGGAAAGCCCUUAUCUCUUAUCUACAACUAAAUCAAGAAGCUUCAAUCUCCUUUCCCAUCACGCCAUUUCAGCCUGGUAUGUUCAUUCAUUAUAUUUAGCCUCGCCCACCACAAACCCACAAAGUAGCAACAUGAAAUCCUGCUUCACUGUUCAGUCUUAAUUUCUUCCUCAGCGUCAUAUGCUACAACUCGUAUCAACUGGAUAUUCUGAAGGCUUUUUUUAUGCAUCAAAGUACAAGCUCGAUAACAAAUAUAAUGAAAUAGAUAAAACUACGCGAUCUGGUGAUGUUGCCUGGCCUCGUUACCGGACUAACUUCCCCAGUGACUGCUAACGAGAUGUUCGGCUCCUCAGGGUUACCAACACUGUGAUAACAAUCUGAAGUUCCUGUUUGAUCUCAGCUUCACCCAAACUAUUUAAUGUUAUUGUAUUCUAGCAAGCCAAGUGAAUUGCAUACAAAUAUUUUGUCAGACAUUUUCCAUUGCCAAGGCUAGUUAUUACCACUUCUAUGUACUAUCGUUAUUCUUAGCAUUCUAAUUAUUAUUCUAAUUAUUAUUCUAAAUAUUAUUAUUAUUAUUAUUUUUGUUAUUAUU